GUGUUGGUGUGGUAUCCAGAGUCUUCGCUCCUCGAGGACUCACAACGUAUUUGCCAUCACAUUCAUCAUACCGACAAUGCCUUCGUCUAAAGUUUGGUUCAUCACCGGUUCGUCGACAGGCUUCGGCAGGGCCAUGACGGAGCACGUCCUCGCCAAGGGCGACAUCGCCGUCGCGACUCUGCGCUCACCCGAGGUUCUCGCGGAGCUGAAGUCGAAGCACAGCGAGGACAAGCUCCUCGUCCUCAAGCUCGACGUCUCCAAGCCGCACGAGAUCAAGGAUGCCUUCGCCGCCGCGGUCAAGCGAUUUGGCCGCGUCGACAACGUGUUCAACAACGCCGCGUAUGGCAUAUUCGGCGAGGCGGAGGCCGUUCCUGAGGACACGGCACGGGCGAUGUUCGACGUGAACCUGUGGGGCGCCAUCAACGUGAGCAAGGAGGCCGUCCGCGUCAUGCGCGAGGUCAACAAGCCCGCUGGAGGACGCUUGUUGCAGAUAUCGUCGGUUGCGGGCAUCCAGGGAUUCACCGGUCUUUCCUUCUACUGCGCCUCAAAGAGUGCUCUCAAUGCAUUUAGUGAGGCUUUGUCGAAGGAAGUUGACCCUGAAUGGAACGUCAAGGUCAUCGUGGUCGAGCCCGGAGCGUUCCGUACCCCAGCGCUCUCCAAGAUUAUCAUCGCCUUGCCUCACCCGGCCUACGAGAAACCUUUGGGAGCCUUGCGCGCCAACUACGAGUCCGAGCUACACGACUGGCAUAGCAUGCAGGAUCCCGUCAAAGCUGUCGAGGUACUCCACAGGAUUGCGGCGCUGCCUGACCCACCGCUCUUCCUCCCGUUCGGCACGGACGCCAUCGAGAUGGCGAAGAAGAAGUAUGCCGAGAUGGUGAAGGGUACGGAAGCUGUUGCUUCGUGGUCCGAGGAGUUGCGCAUAGUGGGCGGCGACGCCUGAACACAAUACUCUUCGUUUCGUCGUAUAUGAGCGUUGUUCGCUGCGUUGAUGGAAUCGAAAUAUUA